UGGUCCCUCUCUCGUUCCACCUAGCCUGGCAAUUGUAGGCGGAACCCAAAGUCCUUCCUCAUCUCUUCUCAUUUGUCAAGCUCUAUCCAACUCUUGUCCUGGCCUUCUCUUUCCCCCCACGCACAAAUUAAACAGAGUAUCACAAACCCGGAGACACUUGAGACUGGUCCUUGAGGGGUGCCUUAGACAUGGGAGGGAAAGCUGCCUCAUUAACUUCACUCUCUCUCGCCGUUUUUCUCCUCUUGCUCUCUUUCUAUGGCUUUGUAGCCUGUGCCAACUACAUCAAGUACAAUACCGGGGCCGGAGUCGUGGAAGGCAAACUGAAUGUUCAUUUGGUGGCACAUACCCAUGACGAUGUUGGGUGGCUCAAAACUAUUGAUCAGUACUACGUUGGAUCAAAUAAUAGUCUUCAGGGGGCAUGUGUUGAGAAUGUGCUGGACUCGCUUGUGGUAUCUCUUCAGCGGGAUCCUAAUAGGAAGUUCGUGUACGCCGAGAUGGCCUUCUUCCAUCGGUGGUGGGUGGAACAAAGUCCAGAAACGCAAGAACAAGUGAGAAAACUAGUAGAUGCUGGUCAACUGGAAUUCGUAAAUGGAGGAUGGUGCAUGCACGACGAAGCCACGUGUCACUACAUAGACAUGAUUGACCAAACCACACUGGGGCAUCGCUUUAUCAAGCAAGAAUUCAAUAAGACUCCUCGCGCUGGCUGGCAGAUUGAUCCAUUCGGGCACUCUGCAGUUCAAGCUUACCUACUUGGUGCCGAGCUAGGAUUCGACUCUGUACAUUUUGCUAGGAUUGAUUAUCAGGACAGAGCUGUUCGCAAAAAUAAUAAAGCUCUUGAAGUUGUUUGGCGUGGGUCCAAGACAUUUGGUUCUUCAGCUCAGAUUUUUGCCAAUGCCUUUCCUGUUCAUUAUGGUCCGCCAAGUGGUUUUGGCUUUGAAGUCAGCAGUAACUACGUCCCCGUACAGGACGAUCCUCUUCUAUUUGAUUACAAUGUUGAACAGCGAGUCAAUGAUUUCAUUAAUGCUGCUAUCAGCCAAGCAAACGUGACAAGGACAAACCAUAUCAUGUGGACAAUGGGUGAUGAUUUUCAAUACCAAUAUGCAGAGAAUUGGUUCAAGCAAAUGGACAAGUUAAUUCACUAUGUUAAUAAGGAUGGCAGAGUGAAUGCCUUGUAUUCUACUCCAUCUCUCUACACCAAUGCAAAAAAUGCUGUAAAGCAGUCAUGGCCACUGAAAACUGAUGAUUACUUCCCUUAUGCCGAUAGACCAAAUGCUUAUUGGACAGGCUUUUUCAUCAGCCGCCCAGCCUUGAAGCGAUAUGUUAGGGCACUAAGUGGAUACUAUUUGGCAUCCAGACAACUUGAAUUUUUGGCGGGACAGAAGCCUACAACAGACCACACUUUUGGCCUCGGAGAUGCUCUAGGGAUUGCACAACACCAUGACGCUGUCACCGGAACUGCCAAACAACAUACUACAAAUGACUAUGCCAAACGACUGGCUAUCGGAGCCACUAAGGCUGAAGCUCUUGUCAGUUCUUCUUUGGCUUGUCUUGCUAGUAAAAAACCAGGGACAGAAUGUUCAUCACCUGCAUUUACAUUUUCCCAGUGUCAAUUACUCAAUAUCAGUUACUGCCCAAUAACAGAAGAAAAUAUUCCCCAAGCAAAGAGUUUGGUAGUAGUGGUAUAUAACCCACUUGGAUGGAAUCGUACUGACAUUAUCAAAAUUCCAGUUAAUGAUGCAAACCUUGUUGUCAAAGAUUCAUCAGGGAAUAAUCUUGCAACACAAUUAGUGGAGAUCGAUAAUGUAACGCUGAAUUUAAGAAAAUUGUAUGUGAAUGCUUAUUUGGGAUUGUCACCAAAAGAAGCCCCGAAAUUCUGGCUUCUUUUUCAGGCAUCUGUGCCUCCAAUUGGGUGGAGUACAUACUUCAUUUCUAAGGUUCCAGGAAAAGGUGGAAGAAGAAACGGCCUUCUCUCAUCUGGCAGUAGCCUCACAAGAGAAAACAUUGAAAUUGGACCAGGAAAUUUGAAGUUGUCCUUUUCUUCAACCUCGGGACAACUCAAACGGAUGUAUAAUUCGAGAACUGGAGUUGAUGUACCAGUACAACAAAGCUAUCUGUGGUAUGGUUCUAGCACUGGUGACGAUGAUGGUCAGGCAUCUGGUGCAUACAUAUUCCGACCUAAUGGUGCCCCUCCAACAAUUGUUUCAAGAUCAGUACCUACUAAGGUUAUCCGUGGACCAGUAGUACAUGAGGUUCACCAGCAGUUUAAUCCCUGGAUUUAUCAGGUUACCCGGCUUUACAAAGAUAAAGAGCAUGCUGAAAUUGAAUUCACUAUUGGUCCAAUCCCUACCGAUGAUCAAGUUGGAAAGGAGGUGAUCACACGCUUAACAGCAAACAUGGUCACAAACAAGGAGUUUUAUACUGAUUCUAACGGAAGAGAUUUUCUGAAACGGGUUCGUGAUUUCCGGGAAGAUUGGCCCCUUCAAGUUACUCAACCUAUAGCAGGAAACUAUUAUCCACUUAAUCUUGGAAUUUAUAUCAAGGACAAGAAAACUGAAUUAUCAGUCUUAGUUGAUCGUGCCACGGGUGGAGCCAGUAUCCAAGAUGGUGAGGUGGAACUCAUGCUUCACAGGCGGAUUCUCUUUGAUGAUGGUAGGGGAGUAGGUGAAGCGCUCGAUGAACAAGUUUGCAUGAAAAACAGAUGCGAAGGACUAACUGUCAGGGGAAAUUACUAUAUGAGCAUCCACCAGCUUGGAACGGGUGCCCGUUGGCGCCGUACAACUGGCCAGGAGAUUUACUCCCCGUUUUUACUGGCUUUUGCUCAAGAUACAUUGGAAAAUUGGGAGUCCGCGUAUUUGACAAAAGGAACAGUGGUGGAUCCAAACUAUAACUUGCCUCAAAAUGUUGCAUUGAUAACCCUUCAGGAGUUGGACGAUGGAUCGGUUCUUCUUCGAUUGGCACAUUUAUACGAGCCGAGUGAAGAUGCUGAGUAUUCAAGCCUGAGCAAAGUUGAACUGAAGAAGCUGUUUGCCAACAAAAAUAUAAAGGAGUUGAAGGAAGUGAGCUUAUCGGCGAAUCAAGAGAAGUGGGAGAUGAAGAAGCUGAGUUGGGAGGUUGAGGGGGACAACGGCCUAGAGCCUCAGGCCGUAAAGGGUAGCCCUGUGAACAUGUCUGAUUUUAUUGUGGAGCUUGGUCCCAUGGAAAUACGCACUUUCUUGUUAAAGUUUUAACAACUCCAUAUGAUUCAAGAUUAUAGGACCUAUAUGUUUGUAUCUGUUAGACUUUAGCUUGCAUCCCAAUUCACAACAACGUGGGCUCCUUGUAACAGUCUUGUUCACCCUACAUAUGAAAAAAAAAGUCUGAUAUUGUUCUCA